AUGGCUCAGCAAGCCCUUCCUCUCGAUCUCGCUAUAAUACAGAGAGAGGUCUGGACCUUUUUAUACAACAGAUUAAUCUUCCUUUCUCCUACAGUGGAGGUCGACCAGUGGGCAUCGACAAGAUUUUCAUCCGAAUCUAACUCAACUGGACUUCAGGUGAUCAGGCAGGUCCUGUAUCGAGAAAAGGCCAGACUGGUCACCGCCAAAUCCCCUUACACUGUCAAGUUCUUCACUGAUCUCGCCAAUACAGUGGUUCAGGUAUUCCCCUUCGAGCUUUUCGCCGCAGCUCAUCACUGUAGCGGUAGCGAGGUCUCUCAGGCUGUCACUGCUGUCGUCCUCUCAGAUCCCAGUUUUAAAUGGCACGAAAACCCUGAGCUUACCAUUGCCAAUUACGGCCAGAAUAGGAUCAAAAUCUGGGCUGACCAUUACAACAAAAUACUUGAAAAGGCCAAAAUGACGGCGAAAGGUUCAACUCCCACCUCGACCAGUUCUACCACCAGUUCGGCUGUCAGUUCAGAAGACGAUCUCUUCGAGAAAUGCGUCGAAUCGAGGUCAUCCAGCCCUUGCCUGGACACUAUUAUAGGACAGAAAGCUCGACGGGUGACUUUACCGGUGUCGGAUUCCUCAAGGGACACCCCAGCCAACAGUUCGUGCACGACUACUGCGAAAGAUCCCCAAACCCCACCAACUUCCAGCCAGAUUCAUGAAUCCUCGCACAACCCAAGAAACGCCUCAUCUUCUGCCUCCUCAUCCCCUCGUGAUAUGAGCUUAGAAACUAGAGCGACUCCAGAGAAAGCUAAGGAGAUCACCCUUGCAGAUAGGGAAACACGCACAAAACUUGCUCAGCUUAAACCACGGCCUCGUGAGCCCUGGACCCCUCGCGAGCCAGUGGUUAGGCGCCAGGUGUAUAAGGACGAGCUUGGAGACUACAGGCCUAUUCUAACUGAGGAAGAGAUCGCAGCCCUUCAGCAUCAAAAGUAUAUGGAAGAACGACGCCGGCGUCUCCGUCCUGGUGGUGGAGUGUUGCUGGAUCUAGGGCUGGCCGAUUACUGA